CAGUUCAUCAUUCUCCAGCCAGCCCACCCACCCCCUUCUUCCAUCCCUCCCAUCCCAUCCGCAUCCACAUCCACAUCCACAUCCCACGGUCCACCCGGCCAUCUCAUCCGUCCCAUCCCUUCCCCCCUCCCCUCCCUCUCCCCUCCAUUCCCUGGGCCCCAGUCCCAAACCCUCCCUGCAAGCCUGCCUGCCUGCUUGCCUUUCUCCCCCCCUCCCCUCCCUCCCUCCGGGCGCCCGCCUCUCCUGCCCUGCCCUGGCCGUGCGCUUCCUUGCAGGACGCCCAGGCAUUCAUCAUCAGAUCAGGUACCCCCGUACCUCCACUCUCUUCUCUCUCUGGCGCACGGGCGGCGUCUUGGUCGUUGUCGGUCCAAACGGCACUCCACCUCAUCCGCCACCCUCCCAUUCAUCUCCAAAUACCACCACGCACCCUUCACCCACCUCACCCUCACUUACUGCUGCCACCACCACCACCACCACCUCCAUCCAGCAGCAAGCAGCACCACCACCACCACCACCACCACCACCACCUCCUCCCGCGACCACCACCACUACCACCACUACACAUCCACGCGCUGCGUCUCGCCGCCCACUUUCGGUCAAGGGCCCCAGCAUCCCACGCAGACAGUCCACCUCAAGGACCCGUCCUUCUCCAGGCCUUCAGUCAAUCAAUCAUCGAAUCGCCACGGCGCGCGCUCCCCUCGGCUCGCGUCCUCUGGCCUGCGCGACACCCGCCCCCGUCUCCACUCCCUCGUCCUUGUCUUGCCUUGCCUUGCUUGCCCUGAGCCGCUGCUCCUGCGUCGCCGCGCGUUACGUCGUCAUCGUAUCGUGUGUCGUCGCUCCAGCGCGAAACCAGCAACACCGGAAUCGCCUCGUCUCGCUAUUCCUGCCCAACUCCUCGCAAGUCGCAUCGCCCUCGCCGCCGCUCCCGCGUCUGUCGCGCCGCGCCGCGACCACGCUGCGAUUGCUGCCCGCCGUCGACGCUCCGUUGGCACUCGCGCGCGCACUGCCCGCGUCGGCGCUCCGGCUCACAGGCAAGUGAAUUCAUUUGGUUGCGUUUCUUGUUUGGCUCGUCGUCAUCGCGCUGCUUUCGUAUUGAUUUGAUUUCCCUUUGCGCGCGCGCGCGCGCCUCUCUCUCUGCUCUCCUCUCUGUCUCUCUGUCAUGGCUUUCGUCGUCUGCGAUGCCUCGUUGCGCCCGCGUCCUGGCCAGCCAGCCGACGUGGGAGGGGCGCGGCGCGCGCGGUCAGUCAUGUUUCUCGCCCCGGCAUCCCUCUCUCGCUCUUGCUGCGCUCCCUCCAUCCAUGGGCUGCCUUGCCUGCCUGCCUGCCUGCCUGACCCGGUGCGUCUGGGCGCCGGCUGCCGGUCGCAGGGCGGCGCGCUCGCUGGGCCUUUGGGGCGCGCAGUCAGCCAGCCAGCCCGCCCGCCCGCCAGGCCCAGUCGUCUGCUCUGCUUGACCCCGUUUUCGGCUCAGCCGUUAUGGAACUGCCCCAUCCGACACACGCCUCCAUCUUCCGCCCACGCCCCCCCUCGGCAGGCCAACCACAUGCACGAUUAAGCCUGGCACCGCUGCACCCUCCUUAACCUUGAGCUUGCCAGCCCAACUAUUUCACGACACGUCGCCGUCGGCCGUCAUCAUCGUCGCCGCCGCCGCCGCUGCUGCUGCUGCUGUCGCUGCCGCUGGCCUGGCCUGGCUCGACCCGUCCCGUCUUGGCCUCCCCCCCGGGGUCCGUCCUGUCAUGUAUCCGGCGCAACCAACCGGCGCCGAUGGUGCGACAAUCAAUCCCGCCGCCCUCAGCUCUCCCGCCUUGUCGAACGCGCCGCCCCGCGGUCACAAGCGGAGUCGCUCCACGGAUGCCCGUGACGCGCCACAGCCUGGCGAUGACGGUCCUUCCCCGUCACAGCCGAAACGGUUACGAGCAAUGAAGCCAUCCGAGACUACCGGGCAGCCCCCGGCCCCGGCCGGACCCCAGGGAAGCCAGCCGCCGCACACGCCCCAGUCGGCAAACACGUCGUUGCCCAGCCAGACGACACCAGCCUACGCGGCACCGGCGGCCGCCGCGCCCCCUAAAACUACGCCGACCAAGUCGACCCUCAAAGCCCUGCCGACUGUCCGAGACCACACGACAGACCAGUUGAACCAGACCGGCGACGAGUACCUCCCGCGCGAGAUCGACGAGUUUGGAGAGAAGAAGGUGAUGCCCAACGGGCAGCUCCUCGGCGGACGUACCUAUCGAUGCCGGACGUUCCUCGUGCCCAAUAGAGGCGACAAGCUUUUCAUGCUCGCGACAGAAUGCGCGAGGGUGCUGGGCUACAGGGACUCGUACCUGUUGUUCAACAAGAACAGGUCUCUUUACAAGAUCAUUGCAAGCCAGGCCGAAAAGGACGACCUCGUCCAGCAGGAGAUCCUGCCCUUCUCGUACCGGUCCAGGCAGAUUGCCAUCGUCACCGCCCGGUCUAUGUUCCGGCAAUUUGGUAGCCGCGUCAUUGAAAACGGCCGCCGCGUUCGCGACGACUACUGGGAAACCAAGGCGCGUAAGCAGGGUUUCACCGAGGCAGACCCGGCUGGCGAGAAGCGACCGGGCGCGGCCAAGGCCCGCGAGGCGGCCGAGGCGCAAAACAACGUGCUCAUGAGCGGCCCCCAUACGGAGAUUGUCUAUAACAACAACCCCGGGCCCUACCCCGGUGCUCCACAGCCUCAUCUUGUCCAAGCAGGUAUGAUGGGAGCACCACCCGGAAACGCCACGAGGAUGCCGGCAUUAACCGUCGGGGCAGACUUUGGCGACACCCGGCCGCGAGACUUUAGCGGCAUCAUCAAGGGCGGCCCCCGGCAGGAGAUCACAGGCCCGCCGUACCAGGACCAGACGCGACCGUCGCCGAUCCAGGAGCUACAUUCGCAGGCGCACCACGCCGCCGAAUUCAAUAGAAAUGUCAACCAACAGCGAGACAUGCGCAACGACUACAUGCAGAACAUCUGGCGGCGUCCCCACGAGCAGCCGCCCUCGUCGAGCAUGAGCCAGCAGCAGCCCGUCGCCUCGAGCGACGCCGCCCCCGCGACCAGCCGGCCGUCGAGCUCGCCGCACACCACGGCCACGGGCGUCGCCCAGCAGCCCGUCGUGUCUUCGCAGAGCCCGCAGAUGAUGAUGACUGCGGCGCCGUACUCGCAGUCGAUUCACGCGCAGAAUACGCUAGGCCAGGCCCCGAUGAGAAGCUCUUCUGGCAGCAUCAGCCAGGGCACUCCCGGCUACAACUAUCAGUCCAACCAGAAUAUGUGGUCGCAGAACCCGCAGAACCCGGGGCACACGUACGGGAGCUACACGACUCAGUCGCAGUCGCCGCACCCGUCGCAGUCCCCGGCGUCGCACCUCCGACAGCCCAGCGCCGGGCAGAUCCAGCCCAACAUGCCGUUCCCGGCCAUGGGUGGGAUGCAAUACGGCGCGAGUCAGGCCUGGUCUGGACAGCAGCAGCAGCAUUCAUCCCCUCCGCAGUGGUGGGCGCCGCCGCAGCAGCCGCAAUGAAGAGGCACCCGGCGGCUUCGACUGGUGGUGGCGUGAAGUGAGGGGCGGGCGGGCGGUUGAGACGAGAGAGGUAUCUUGCCCGAGUUUAUUCUUUUCCUUUUUGGGGGACGACUUAAGCUCCCACAGACUUCCUGGAUACCCAAGCAUGCAGACCGGUUUGGGAGGCACUGUGCUUUCGGGUUGGACGGCCCUUUGAAAUUGUGUAUAGCAUUCGGCCAGGAUGGGGUAGAGGAG